GUCAAUUGGGUCAUUGGCAAAGGACGCGUGAAGCAAACACCAAGCCGUAUCUCAUGGACCACGUACGGGUUGGUUUAAAAUCUCCCAUUUCAUGAAUGAGAUACACAAAAGCGUGUACAAAUGUGCUAGAAAACGGAUCCACACACAUCUAGGUACCUAAGUUCAUACCGUGUGAGGAAAGAAAAGAUUUGAGCAGUGUAAAAAAUAAUCGAUAAUGGACACGAACGAGAUGAAGAGUGAUGUGAAAAGGUCUCCUACAGGAGGCGAAGACAAAUACAAUUGUUAUUGCGGCAAGGAACGAAAUCUCAACAUUGUGGAACUGCUGUGUGCCACUUGCAACCGAUGGUUUCACGAAUCCUGCAUCGGGUUUCAGCUGGGUCGGCUGGUCCCGUUCAUGAUGAACUACGUGUUUGUGUGCAAAAACUGCUCGAUGACCGGUCUGGAAAGCUUCCGCAAAGUGCAAGCUUCGAUACCGCAGAUGUGCAUUACGGCGUUGGCCAAUCUGCAGCAAACGGCCAGCAAGGAGGGUAAAGCGCGGCUCAUGUUCAGCAAGGAUAAAGACAUUAUACCAUACAUGGACCAUUACUGGGAAGCGAUGACAACCAUGGCACGAAGAUCGACCCAAUCGUGGUAUGCUACGGUGCAACGAUCGCUCAUCAAGGACAUCAACACGUUAUUUUCGUACGAGGAAAGCAACGAGCAAGGGCAGAUGUAUGGUUUGGCCAAUACGGACCUGACGCAGAUUAAACCGACGUACGAUGAGGCUACUACGCUUGCUACUCAAAACUUUUCCAAAAGCCGGCAGCAAAAGCGAAAGCUACCCAACAGCGAACAAAGUGGAGCUCUGGGAAAGAAGAGCCGGCUCGGUACGGAUGUUGGAGCACUUGUGAAGCUGCCGGCCCACGGAUACCCGCUGGAGCAUCCGUUCAACAAGGAUGGAUACCGGUACAUACUGGCCGAACCGGACCCGCAUGCCCCAUUUCGGCAGGAGUUCGACGAAAGCGCGGACUGGGCAGGCAAACCAAUACCCGGCUGGUUGUAUCGCGUUCUCUCACCCAACGCAGUACUGAUUGCGUUGCACGACCGUGCCCCCCAACUGAAGGUUUCCGAGGAUCGGCUGUCGAUAACGGGCGAGAAAGGAUAUUGUAUGGCUCGGGCUUCCCACUACGUCACAAAGGGUUGCUGGUACUGGGAAGCUACUGUGGAGGAAAUGCCCGACAGUUCGGCGUGCCGUUUAGGAUGGGGACAGGAGUAUGCGAAUCUGCAGGCACCGCUCGGUUACGACAAGUUUGGGUAUUCGUGGCGCUCGCGCAAGGGUACAAAGUUUCACGAAUCGCACGGCAAGCACUACAGCACGGGAUACGCCGAAGGGGACACGCUGGGUUUUCUGAUAACGCUGCCCAGCGAGAACCAGGCCAAUCAAGCGUCGAAUACGUUCAAGGAUCGACCGCUGGUAAAGUUCAAAAGCCAUCUCUACUACGAAGACAAGGACCGGGUGAACGAAACGUUAAAAUCACUGAAAGUGCAAGAGGGAAGCAGGAUCCACUUUUUCAAGAACGGUGUCUGCCAGGGGGAGGCGUUUGCUGACAUCUACAAGGGAGCGUACUACCCGGCCAUAUCAUUGCACAAGAACGUUACAAUCAGCGUCAACUUUGGACCCAACUUUAAGCAUCCGGAGGUGCUGAAGGAAUUUCAAGCACAGGCAAUGCACGAACGCGUGGAAGAAAUGAUAUGCGAGCAAACGAUGGCCGAUAUGAUGUAUUUCACCGAAAACGAUGGCAAGCUUCGACUCGAUACGUACAGCGUGUAGUCGAGGUGAUUCAGACGGUCCGGAAUAAAUAUUCAAAUGCUACAAACAACGCGUUUGUAACACUGCACUCUAAUUCUAA